CAUAGAUCGACUUUAUCUCGGUCGAACCAUACUAAUUGGUAAACGAAGCAACAUUAUAAACCGGUCGGAACUCGAAAGCGGUCCAUUAUGCCGCCGUUUCAUAGAAUCUGAAACUCGGUAAGAAAAACAGCGACUUCUUCAUCCUCCCUGCUCGCCAUUUCUGAUCCAAGCGCCACCCGAUUUUCGUUAUUCUUCCCCAUAAUCAUCCCCAGAUCUCCUCCCAAACCCCUAACAAUGGAAGCUUUAUCGAUUCCCUACGAUGAGAUCCGUUCCCUCCAGAUAUCUCUCCGCCAAGACUCCAACUUUUCCUCUUACAAUCCGGAAGACACCGCAGAUUCAGCUGUCGAUUUGCCAUCCGCCGGAAACUCGAUCUUUGAGCUCGACCCUUCGCCGCCGGAACUCCGUUGCAAGCAUUGCAGCGGGGGACUUCUCAGAGGUGCGAACUCGAUCAUUUGCGUUUUCUGCGGUAGGGAACAGGUUAACAGCGAUGCUCCCCCUCAACCAAUCAAGUUCAUGGCCACAUCUGCCUCCAAGUGGCUUCUUCAGUCCCUUGGUUUAGAUGGAUCGGAACUUUCGGGACAAUCAAUUGAAGUUCCACAACAACUGAACAAACGUUCAGAUGCAUUAGAGACUGAGAUUCCAUUAUCCAAGCUAUUGGAUCUCGAAAUACACUGGCCUUUGGAAUCCGAGAGAAAGGAAACAGGAAAAGCAGCAUUGGAGAAGACACAUAGUCAGAAGUUAAGAACUCUUGAUUUCGAGGGACUUGAUCUCCAAAGUUGUGUCCCGGAGCCUAAGGCGGCAGAAUCAGUUUCUGGAUUCCCUAACGACCUCAACUUUUUUCAAGAGGCUAAGGUUGAAGAAUCAGUUUAUGCAUUGGUUGAAGAGCAAUCUUUCUCGGGGAGACACGAUGAUGAGCUGGAUUUUUUCCCUGAGCCAAGGUUAGAACCAGCUUCUGCAGCUUCAGAAGAUCAGUUUAUGUCGAGUAGACCAUUCCCGAGUUAUGAGAAUUCUUCUCAAGGUCCUACUGAUCUGAGCUUGUUUGAGAGCGGUGAGCCAUCUCGUACUGAUAGUAAAGUUGAAGAAGAUGGAGGAGGUGAUGACUCGUUCGCUGGCUGGGAAACUGAGUUUCAGUCUGCUGAUGCUUCUACGACUCAGGAGUCGAAAUCGUUUGAUCCUUUUGAAGUUUCUUCAUCGGUCGAUAUAUCUGCUCACUUAGAUUCGGUAUUUGGAGGUGGAAGUGAAGUGGCCAAGAGACCAGAAAAUGAAAGUUCAAUUCCUUCAGCAUAUAACAUAAAUGAUGAUUGGUUUCCAGGUGAUUUGUUGAGUAAUUCCAAUCCAGGAGCAACUGGUCAAACUGAAAGCCAGCUGAAUAUCCCCAUUGUUAUUAAGGAUGGCGACAUCAUGGAGAAAACAGAUAUAAUUUCUCCGUUCGAUUUGGAUUUCAUCAAAGAUGAUCAAUUGCGAAAAACCACCACUAACAACACCACAGUUGAUGAGGGAGAUGAUUACUUUGAUGACUGGAAUGGUUUCACUAGCUCGUCUGGUGUCCAACCAAUAGCUGGCAGCUCUUCAAAACAAGACGUGACUCACACUGUGAAUUCUGAGAUAGACUUGUUUGGUGAAGGCGAGAAAUCACAGAUUGUUGAUUUCGGUGGCUUUCCACAAACUGAUCUCUUCUCAGGAAUUUCCAACGAUGAAAAGGAUUCCAAGGAGGUGGAUCUUAUGUGGCCUGAAACUUCAGCAUUACAGAGGAUCGACAUUGGAAGUGCAAGAAAUGGGGAUAGCACCGAGGUUGCCACAGAAGUCAAAACAGCUGGAGAAGAUGCUGUUUCUAGUGAAAAUCCGAGAUCGAAAUCUGAAGUGGUGGAGAAAUAUAUGUCACAGAUGCAUGAUCUCUCAUUUAUGCUGGACAAUGAUCUUUCCAUACCACAAAAGGGGUUAAGUUCCUCUUAAUGUUAUCUCUGGUUCUCUGUAUUCUAGCUUUAGUGUGUCUUGAUAUAUUCUUGAUUUCAUUGAAGAGGCAGGGUGUUUUUAUUUUUCAUCAUCCCUUCCCUUCCCCUCAUUAUAUGAUUUUGUAAGAUGUUUGCUCUGCUAUGAGGUAACCCUUUCUCACAUUCUGUUCACGACAAAUUCACUCCGAAUCAAGUUCAACAUGAAUUUCACUCAGAAAUGGGCAAUCAAACAGAGAGAUUACAACAUUUGGUUCAUAAAAACAAAGCAUUCUA